CCCGCCUUCGUCACCAUCUGUACGCACGGCGGCGACAGGAGCUCCUGCGUCGGCAGGGACGGGCACCGCUAUUCUCUAUCUCUCUCUCUCGCUCUCUCUUCUAGGAAGAAGAAUUAAAAACACUCACAGAGAACAGAAACGUAGCGGCUAGGGGCCCCUUAAUAGUAUUCCCUACAGGAAACUCCGAUGGAUUAGUUUAGGAUUUUUCUACCCCCCUCCGCCUCCGUCCUGACAGGAUGAAAAUGUGGAGCAAGCAUGUGAUGCGUCCUGCCUGCCUGCAGUGCGCCGUAUGCAGAACCUAGAGAAUGGGCUGCGUCCAAUGUAAGGAUAAAGAAGCAGCAAAACUCACCGACGAACGCGACGCCGGCCUCUCGCACAACUCGGGCUACCGCUAUGGCUCCGACCCCACGCCACAGCACUACCCCCCCAACUUUGGGGUCACUACCAUCCCCAAUUACAACAACUUCCACAGCACCGCCACACAGGGGGUCGCUGUCUUCGGAGGGGUGCACUCGUCCUCGCAGUCGGGCACACUGCGGUCCCGAGGAGGAACAGGGGUGACACUGUUUGUGGCUCUCUACGACUAUGAAGCGCGGACUGAUGAUGACCUCAGCUUCAGGAAAGGGGAGAGGUUCCAGAUCCUCAACAGCACAGAGGGAGACUGGUGGGAGGCCCGCUCUCUUACCACAGGUGGAACUGGUUACAUUCCCAGUAAUUAUGUCGCUCCGGUGGACUCCAUCCAAGCUGAGGACUGGUAUUUUGGUAAAUUAGGCCGCAAGGAUGCAGAGAGACAACUGCUUUCCAACGGCAAUGCCAGAGGCACUUUCCUCAUCCGGGAGAGUGAAACAACCAAAGGAGCCUACUCGCUUUCCAUCCAGGAUUGGGAUGACAUCAAGGGAGAUCACGUCAAGCACUACAAGAUCCGAAAACUGGACAGCGGAGGUUACUACAUCACCACUAGAGCCCAGUUUGAGACGCUGCAGCAGCUGGUGCAGCAUUACUCUGCGAGGGCGGCGGGGCUGUGCUGCCGCCUCAUCGUGCCGUGCCACAAAGGCAUGCCCCGUCUCACCGACCUGUCCGUCAAAACUAAAGACGUGUGGGAGAUCCCGCGGGAGUCGCUGCAACUCAUCAAACGUCUCGGCAACGGGCAGUUCGGAGAAGUCUGGAUGGGCACGUGGAACGGCACCACCAAGGUGGCGGUGAAGACCCUGAAGCCGGGCACCAUGUCGCCCGAGUCCUUCCUGGAGGAGGCUCAGAUCAUGAAGAAGCUGCGCCACGACAAGCUGGUGCAGCUGUACGCCGUAGUGUCCGAAGAGCCCAUUUAUAUCGUCACCGAGUACAUGAAUAAAGGUAGUUUGCUUGACUUCCUCAAGGAUGGGGAAGGACGAGGUCUCAAGCUUCCAAAUCUGGUGGACAUGGCGGCUCAGGUUGCGGCUGGCAUGGCGUACAUUGAGAGGAUGAACUACAUCCACAGAGACCUCCGCUCUGCCAACAUCCUGGUCGGAGACAGUCUGGUGUGUAAGAUUGCUGACUUUGGUCUGGCCAGGCUCAUCGAGGACAACGAGUACACAGCGAGACAAGGUGCAAAGUUUCCCAUCAAGUGGACCGCACCCGAGGCGGCGCUAUACGGAAAAUUCACCAUCAAGUCAGACGUCUGGUCCUUCGGCAUCCUGCUGACGGAGCUGGUGACCAAGGGCCGGGUGCCCUAUCCAGGCAUGAACAACCGCGAGGUGCUGGAGCAAGUGGAGCGCGGCUACCGCAUGCCGUGCCCGCAGGACUGCCCCACGUCCCUGCACGAGCUCAUGGUGCAGUGCUGGAAGAAGGACCCGGAGGAGAGACCCACCUUCGAGUACCUGCAGGCCUUUUUGGAGGACUACUUCACUGCCACUGAGCCUCAAUACCAGCCGGGGGAUAAUCUCUGAGUCACUUCUCCAACUGUCCACCAGAGGGAGCUAGACAGCCGCUAUUGUCGCUCUCUCUCCUCUUGACGCUCAUCUGCUGACCUCUUGACUUCCAAGCCUCAUCACACACACAUGCACAUACAGAGAAACACACACCCAGGCAAGCUGACUAUCAAAUCAGGAUGCUCUGGAGAAGGAGUGGCGUUCACUGACCAGGAUGCAAAAGAUGAGUUGUGUAAGUUGUAUGUAGUGUAAAUACAAAUUGCUUGUUUACUUACUUCUGUUGGUUCCAUUUGACAUUAUACUUUUGAUAUUUCUGGGAAAUGUGCGGCUUUCCUUUACUUGUAAUUCAAGUUAAUCUGAAGCUUGUAUUGUAGGAAAGCUCAUAGCUAGAUAUGCUGGACUAAUAAUAUGAAUACAUUAUUAAUAAUAAUAUUAAUAUUAUUGUAGGUCUCUGUCCAACACAAGUAUGUAUCGCCAUGUUUGGAUUUCUUGUGAGUAAAAAAGAACAAAAAAAAAAAGUUCAUUCCAAACCCAAAUAAGGUAUGUUGAUUAAGUUUCAAAGUUUUGUUUUUUAUUUUGUUUAAGCAAAAAACAUUUUUGUCUCAAAAAUGUGAAAGAUAUAGUAAAGAGAAGAAGAAAAUGUAUUCUUGGAUAAAAAAUGUAACAAAAAUAACAUCCUCACAAAAUGUAUUGAUACUUUUUUUUUAAUCUCUAUUUUUUUCCUUCCCAAACACAAAGAAAAGUUUUUUUUCUGCUGACUGUUUUUACAUUUUGAUCCAAGAAAAAAAAUGUUUUUUUUUUAUUUUAUUUUUUUUAUUACAAAAUUUGUAUUUAAUUUUUUAUCUCAAGCCAAGUGAAGAAGAAAAAAAGUAUUUGGUGGGGGGAUAAUGUUAAAAAAAAACACAAAACUACAUAAGUUACUCAAUGUAAUGAUACAGAGAGAAAACUUUUUUCUGUUGACAAAAAUCACAAAAUGUAGUGCAAUUGUCGGUUGUUUUUUUUAUUUAAAAAGAACGAACAAUUUACAGUUAUGCCCCUUUUUAUUUCCAUUUUUUUGGUGUAAACAGGUAAUUGACUUUCUAUUGACUAUUUCCAAUUUAAAAAAAAAAUGGAAAUACAUGCUUUUUGUUGAGCAGUGAAAAUAUCCUAAAUAAUAGCAUUAAUAAUUACUAUUAAAAUCAUUUUGUGGGAGUACAGUCCAUUGAGUUUUUUUAACACUAACUUAAUAGAGUAUAACGCUACCGCUCCUCCUCUCAAGGAAACUUUGAUGUACUAUAACACCUGUUCUUGCCUUUUCCUCUUUAGUAAGUACUCUUCUAUUGUAAGGGAAUGCCUUCUACUUGCUUUCUAACUAAUUGCCUAAUGAACUCUUCCACCUGAUGCAAAGUGCAUCCAUUGCAUUUCAGCUUCAUGAAUUUUGAGGAACAAUCCAAAUGUCUUUCACUUGCAAGCAAAAAAAAAAAAAAAGUGCUUUGUCAUGAUAAGACCUGUUCCAGACCAAACGUGUUUCCAUGGUUUCAGAGAGUCUUGCAGGUCUGGGCGUUCCAUGCCAACCCUUCCUGUGCGUGCUUAUGUUGCUUUACGGGGUUUUUUGUCUCUGUGUUAUUAUUAUUAUUAUUGUUAUUAUUAUAUUAUUUAUUGUCUCUGUCUAUUACCUGUACAUGCUUUGAAAUAAACAGCCUUGCCAUCUUGAA